AUGGCAACAAUUUCGAAUGAUAAUCAUUAAAAAUUAUUAAUAUACAUGUUAACCUUUCAAUUACAAUAUCAACUUUUAUUUGGUGAUGCAAUAUAUAUUUCUGGUGAUUCUGACUAUUUUGGCAGAUGGUCUUUGAAUCAAGCUAAACGAAUGCAAUGGAAUCAGGGACAUCUUUGGACCAUCGAAAUCCCCAUCCAUGACUUCCAAUACAAAUAUUUUGCCUCUACUUUCAACCAACCAACCAAUGUCGAAUGGGAGUUUGGCCCCAAUCGUCUCAUGAGAACAACGGAAUCCUCACACAUAGUUGACAUAUGGAAUCACAGAAAGGUGAUGUUCCAAUGCUACAACCCUCAGAAGUAUCCCAUGCUUAUUUCUGGAUCCACCUUGGAUCUUGGCAAUAAUAUUAAGCGAGUACACAUGAAGUAAAAAUAAGAUAUAUCCUAUAAAAAAAUAAUUGCCAAUGUUAUUGAGGAUAAAGUGAUUCAUUAUCAAUUCCACGUCAAAACGAAAAAACACUAUUCAAGUUCUAUAAUGAGUUUAUAUUUGGAUACUGCAGCGUUGCAAAACUCCAACCUCAGCUUUUCAUACAAAAACUACAUCGUAGCUUCUUGUGAAGGAAUUGAAACCAUUACAAAAUCAAUCUAUCAAUUGGAUAGUCAUAUUUGUUACGGUUAUGUUCCUAAUGAUAAAACAGAUUUUAAUUUGCUUAAGGAUUAUAAUGUCCACACAAUAGUCGAAUUCUCAAGUUAAGUUGACUAACCAACCUAUUCUGUUAAAUUUGGAGACUUUAAUUAUCACACUGUCAAUUUUCGUUCAAAUAUGAAUGAAAAUUACAUUUCAAGACUUUGUUCCUUCAUUCAAUUAUUAAUUACCAAAUAUCAAGUCAUUUAUGUGUGUAAUAAUUCACUUUCUCAUGUGAGAAAGUAUCUCUAAGUUUACAAAAGUUUAGGGAUAUCGAAAUGA